CUUGAUCACUCCAUUAAUACUUGAGUAGCCCAUAUACAGCCUAAACCCUUAUUGUAAUUACUUCUGAUGGAGAAGUCACGCUCAAAAUCUGCUCUUAAGUUUGUGAAGAGUGCUUCAGAUUCUGCAGCUUCAUGGACAUCAUCGAGCUCCACUUCUAGUGGCAGAGGAAUGACAAAAGAUGAAGCACUCAAAGACCGACUUUGUGAUAAACCUAAGACUGCAAAGGAAAAUAACAAGCAACAAGAUUUUAAGCUCCAUACUCAGCAAAGAGCAGUGAAACGUGCAAUGUUCAACUAUGAGGUGGCUACAAAGCAGUAUAUAAUAGAGCAACAAAAAAAGCAAAAAGAGAGAAUACUGAAGUUGAUAGAAGACGAGGAGGUCCGUUUCUUGAGAAAGGACAUGGUUCCUAGAGCUCAACUUAUGCCUUUUUUUGACCGACCUUUCUUACCAGAAAGAUCAAACAGGCCUUUGACAAUUCCAAAAGAACCAAGCUUAAGCUUUCAGAAGAUGAGCAAUAAUAAGUGUUCCAGCUCAGUAUUUCCCAGUAGUGAAUACUCUCUAAUUUUCAACAGAGCCGUCAGACUUUGAUCAAAACACCAUAUCUAUAUAUAUAUAUAUAUAUAUAUAUAUAUGUGCACUCUCGGAUCGUUACAACUAAAGUCUGAAGCUGUUUGGCUGCUGGGAAAAUAUAACCUUUCUUAAUCGAUGGUCAACCUUCAAUUUCUUAAUUAGUUAAUGUACAAUGCUCCAUUUUCCACUGGUCUUGUUAGAAUAGAAGAAUGUAAACAUUAAUCCCACAUGCAUGUCGUUUUAGUAGUCGUUGUCAUCAUUUAGUUAAAAGCCCUUUUAAAGGAUAGUUAGUAAGCAUGACCUUUAAUGCGUUUUUAUCAUAUAGUCAAACCCUAUUUGGAGGGGAAGAGCUGCUAUAGUGACCUCUUGGCCCUAUUAUUAUAUAAAUAAAGCUACAUGUACUUGAUUCAA